CUACGCAUGCGCCAGAUCCGGACAGCUGACAUGUUGCUAUGGCAGCGGGUCCCCCUAGGGGCCCGGAAGUGACGUCUUUCGCUUCCGCUUCCAACGGAGACACUUACGGUUGGGAGAUAAGUGGCGGCGUUUCCCGCAGGGUUGAACUGGAAAGGCCAGAAGGAUAACUUUACAAGGUGUUUACCAGAAAGAAAGAAACCGAUGGAAGGCAUAAAAUGGAAAGAGAAUCUACCAGAUUUGAAAUCCACACUCCCGUUUUUGACAAGGAAAACUACUCAGUAUAUAAAGAAAGAUUGAAGAAACAUGCCCGCGAAAGUUUCAGAGAUGCCCCUCUGGCAGGUGACCCCCCGCAAAUAACUCAGAAGAAGAGGAAGGAUCUCCAGCCUCUCCUUUCUUCCCCUUUGGAAAAAUUGGAAAUCCGUGAUAAGAGUGAAAAGACCACUCCUGAACAGAGCAAGGGCGCUUUUAGGGUGGACAGGGAAACGGGUGUUAUGUACGUCUUUGUGGAUAAAGAAAAUAUUGAGAACAUGCCAAAGAAUUUCAGGAAAGAUGUGGAUGUCGUUUACGUAGACGCGAGCAGGGUGCGAAAGUCCGCCAAACGGCAUAAAGCAGACAAGCUGCGCGCCGUUGUCAACUUCAACGGAGAUGAGCCCAAAGCACUGUGCCGUAAAGUUAGGGAGGAGGGGAAGGAGAACCAUCAGAGGAAAGCCACGUCCCAGGGUGCUGUGUGGGAAGGCCAGCGAGUGACCAUCUCCCAGCCCCUGCCAUCUGUGGAUCAAGCAGGUGACAUUACGGAGGUACCGGAGCCUGCUGGUAAAAACAGGCCUAAGAAAAAAAAGAAAAGGCCCUAUCUCCAGGAAUCAGUGGCCUCUGUCAGGCCUGACAGUCCUGAGCACGAGCUCCUGGGAGAGUGCCAGGGGUUCCAAGAGGUCGGGGCUGGAGAAGCCAACGAUGCUCUGCAGAGGGCCCAGGGAUCCGGAGCCACCAAGAGCAGUUCUAAGAAACAGAAGCGUGUGACCAAGAGAAGUGCCACUGCGGCUGGUGAUGACUUUUCAGUGCAUGGUCAGAACUCCGAGAACACACACUAUCAUUCAGAACAAGACCAUUGCACCUCGACUAAAGGACAUGUGCAACCCAGGUCCUGGCCACAGUCCCAGGAGCGACCAUCCCUGCAGUCCGUGGGUCUAGACAGUGAAAUCAUGGAGCUUCCAGAGUCUGCAGAUAAAAACAAGCCUAAGAAAAAAAAGAAGAAAUCGUCCAGACCCCAGGAAUCAGAGGCCUCAGCCAGACCCCAGAGUCCCAAGCAGGUGCUCCCCAAAGGGCCUUGGGGGGCCCAGGAGGUCGCGGCCAGAGAAGGCAGCGAUGUACUGCGAGGGCCUGAGGGCUCCGCUGGGGUAAGGAAGCACCCUAAGAAACGGAAGCGCACGUCUGUUGAAAGCACUAAUGCUGCAUCUGGUGACAACUCUUGGGACCCUGGUGAGAGCUCCGAGAACACACGCAUUCACUCAAAGCAAGACCAUCGCGCCUCACCCGAAGGAAGUGUGCAACCCAGGCCCUGGCUGCAGUCACAGGAGCGGCUGUCCCUGCCAUCCCUGGGUCGAGAAGGUGAAAUCUCGGAGUCUCCAGAGUCUGCAGAUAAACACAAGCCUAAGAAAAAAAAGAAAUCCAGUCCCCAGGAACGGGGGGCCUCAGCCAGUCCCCAGAGUCCUGAGCAGGUGCUCCCGGGGGGGUCACAAGGGGUCCGUGAGGUCAGGGUCACAAAAGGCAGCGAUGUGUUUGAAAAGAGUAAGAUAAAGAACAGCACUAAGAGAAGGAAGCGCACGUCUAGCCGGGCCACCGUGGUGAGGGGCUCGGUCUCUGGGAGCUCGCUCACCGACUCUGCAGCAGGCAGCUGGGUCCCGAAUGGAGAGAAUUCAAGGGAGAAAGCCCAGGAGGAGCAGAGCCCCGCCUCUCCCGGGGAGCAGCCGCUGGGAGAGGCUCCCAGGUCAGAGCCUCCCAGCUCACAGGAAAGCCGUCUGGCACGGGCUGGCACGUCUCGAAGGCUGGAGAUCGUGGAUGGCAGGGACCCCGAUGAUGAAGAUGUGGAUCUGCAUUCUGCCGUGAGGCAGCUGCAGGAGUUCAUCCCUGACAUAAAGGAACGGGCGGCCACCACGAUCAAGCGGAUGUACCGCGAUGACCUGGAGCGGUUCAAAGAAUUUAAGGAGCAAGGCAUUGCGAUUCGAUUUGGCAAGUUUUCUGCCAAGGAAAAUAAGCAGAUAGAGGAAAAUGUACAAGAGUUCCUCUCCCUGACGGGAAUUGAGAACCCAGACAAGCUGCUGUACACGGACAGGUACCCGGAGGAAAAGGCUGCCAUCACGGAUCUGAAACGGAAGCACGCGUUCCGGCUAUGCAUUGGGAAGGGCAUUGCACGGCCUUGGAAACUUGUGUACUAUCGGGCAAAGAAGAUAUUUGAUGUCAACAAUUACAAAGGAAGAUACAGUGAAGGGGACACCGAGAAGCUGAAGGCCUGCCAGUCCCUCCAUGGGAAUGACUGGAAGAAGAUUGGGGCCCUGGUGGCCCGGAGCAGCCUCUCUGUUGCCCUCAAGUUCUCUCAGAUCCGCAAUAAAAGGAAUCAUGGUGUUUGGAGUAAGGCAGAAACCCAGAAACUCAUCAAGGCUGUGGAAGAAGUGAUUCUAAAGAAAAUGUCUCCGCAGGAGUUAAAUGAAAUGGAUUCUGAACUCCAAGAAAAUCCUGACAGUCGCCUGUCGAUCGUUCGGGAAAAACUCUACAAGGGCAUCUCCUGGGUAGAAGUGGAAGCCAAAGUGGAGACCAGAAACUGGAUGCAGUGCAAAAGUAAGUGGAUGGAAAUUCUAACCAAGAGGAUGACUAGCGGGGGCUUUGUGUACCGCGGAAUCAAUGCUCUUUGGGCCAAAAUCAACCUCAUAGAAAGGUUGUAUGAAAUAAAUGUGGAAGAUGCUAAUGAAGUCGAUUGGGAGGAUCUUGCUGGUGCCAUAGGUGAUGUCCCUCCAUCUUAUGUUCAGACUAAAUUUUAUAAGCUGAAAGCUGCCUGUGUUCCCUUUUGGCAGAAGAAGACUUUCCCAGAGAUCAUCGACUACCUUUAUGAAACUAGUCUACCUUUGCUUAAAGAAAAGUUACAAAAGAAGAUGGAGAAAAAAGGCUCCAAAAUCCCAACUCCUGCAGUGCCUAAGCAAGUUUUCCUAUUCAGAGACAUCUUUUAUUGUGAAGAUGACAGUGAUGGAGAAGACCUGGAAGAACAGAAUUAAGCAAAGGUUACCAUUUCCAGUUCUUUUAGUUGGGUGAUAUUUAUAUACUUGUUAUCAGUGUGUGAAUCAGCUUUCCAUCACUAUAACAAAACACGUGAAUUGUUAACAUCUUCUAAAGAGAAAAGGUUUAUAGUGGCCUGGGGUUUAAGAGGGCUCCAGUCUGUGAUGGAGUGGCUCCUUUGCUAGGCAAUGUGCAGCUCUAUCAGAUGGCAGAGAAAAACCACUCAACUUACGGCCCAGCAAUGAGAGAAUGGGGGGGGGGGGGAGUUAGGGUCCCACAGUCCCCUUCAAGUCCACACCCCCAUAACCCCAACCUCCCCCUUCUGAAAGGAUCUACCGCCCCACCCCAGAGACCUGGUCUCACCUGGCUCUUUUCCAGACUGUACCAGUUAGUAAAGCUUACUAAACGAUGUUUGCUCCCCAGAGGAAGGGGUGCUGAGUGCUGACUUGAACUGGGGGGCGUUACAGGUGUUGUAGCAUUGGUGUUGAAGUGCGAACAUGAAGAUAGGAGCGUAGGACUGCUGAGUACUUCUGUGCUGUUUAGCCAAGAAGAAUUACACUAAGGAUUCUGUAAAACUGGGUCGCAGCUCCUCGGAGGACAGCGGGACGCACUUGCUGAUGUGGGGCCCACCGUGUGCACUCAGCAGAAAGGGCCCGGUUGACCGUUUCUGUGGCCCGUGCCUCACACCUGCCGUGGCUCCAGAGGCUCAGGGGUCCCCAGCGUGGGAGCGUGGGAUGGACGGCACAUCCACGCCCUGCCCCAGAUCCAUGCUCCCUCAUACCUGGUGCGGGGCGCAUCUCGUCUUCCUGAGCCGUGACUGGGACCGCUCACCCAUGUGCUGUCACUGUGCUGGCCUGGUGUUUGGCUGGAAACCAAGUAAAGAGCUUGAGAAGCACGGGCUCUGUCCAGCUCACCGAAAGAGACUGCGCGUGUCACAGGCACGGCUCCCGUCCAGCACCGAGAGUGAUUUGAAUAAUGGUCACCAUCAUCAAAGCAAAAGCGCAGGAGCGAUUUCUAGCAUGGGCAGGAAGGGACGAAGGAGCCCUCGGGAAGUUCGAAUCAACCAGGGGUGGGGAGCCGCCCCGGAGCCCGCACGUUGCACUGGUGCCCACUGUGUGCCUUCACUGCCACACCACAGGGCACCAACCUGUGUUCCCAGGAGCCUGACAGCUUCUGCUACCUUCUGCCUUCCGGGCUCCCAGGACCUCACGUGGGCAACGCCUGACAGAAUCUGCCUCACUGCAGAGGACUGGGAAAUCAAGGUCUCGGGCACCUGGCCCUCUGCGCUGGGGAGAGCAGAGAAACGCCGAGGCAGUGACAUCACCGCCACCAGAUCCAGACGCAGCUCCACUGUCCGACAGCCCUCAUGUCCUUUAGGAAGCACCGUUACGGCAUGAGUAGAUCCACACCCAGAACUGAGCGGGAGAAUCCACAGGAGUAGAGGAGCCUUGGUCCCUCCAUUCCCAGCACCUGUCACGGUGCCACAUGGGCAGCCAGGCAGUCAGUGAGCGCUGGCCUCGUAGUGAGUGUUUCUCCUGGAGCAAGCUCCUCCUGUCCCCCUGGGGCCCCGUCCCAUGCAGGUGGAGCUAUAGUAAUUGUAUAUUCCCUUUGGAGGCUGAUUUGGUAAAACACGUCGGAGCUGGAAAAUGUACAUAUUAUGUGGCUCAGUGGUGAGCUCUUGUGUUGCAUGCGCAAGGCCCUGGGCUUCGUCCCCAGCACCACACACAAAAAAUAAUUUUUUAUAAAGGAAUAGUAAGAUUAUAGUGUAUAAAUAUUAUGUGUAUAAUAGAGGAAAAUGUAAGUGUCCUUUCAUAGGAAGUGUGGUACGGUGUUUGGGACUAUUAUGAAGGAUUAAAGACAACAUGUGAUUGACUUUGUGACAGUGAACCCUGAUUGUCACUGACUGAACAGAGGCCUGGAAAGGUGAGUGAUGGCAGGGUUCUGACCUCAUCGGUCAGCCAACCCACUGGUGAGUCCUUAGCUGAGUGGCUACUAGGGGGUGGAACGUGGCCAGAAGAGCGGUCACCCAGGGGUUGACACUGAAGGGAGUGACCGCUCAGCCCCUGCUGCGCUUCCGGCUUUGUGCCGUGCCUGUCCGCCAUGAUGCCUCGCCUCACACAGGCCCGCAGGAAUGGAUCCCUGCACCAUGGACUGACGCCUCUGAAGCUGUGAGCCAGACCUGUCAGCCUCCCAGUCCUCUCUCAGGUGUUUGGUUAUAUCAGAAAACAGCUGACUAACAUGAAAGACAAUCAACUGGGGCUGGAGAUUUAGCUCAGCGGCAUAAGCGCCUGCCUUGCAAGCAGGCAGCCGUGAGUUCGAUCCCCGGUACCGAUAAAAAGGAAAAAGACAAAAAAAAAAAAAAAAAAAAAAGAAAGACAA